GUAUGGGCUUGGCCCCGACCCAGCUAUCAUUUCAGUCAUUAUCCCUGCUGUUGUUCCAAUUGCCCCUCCUUCUGCUGUUAAAAAGGAUUUUCCUUCUACGGGCCUUGAAGAAGACACUACUACUCCCUCAAGAAGGAACAGGAAGAGAUCCUAG